UCUUCUUCUUCUCUUCCCCGACGCCAUAGUUUGGAUAGACCGAUAGAUAGCUCGGGAUUUAUGGUAUUUUCACUCCAAUCCGGAUCUCACUCGAGAGCACCAUGAUCGGCCUAAGAUGGCUGUCAACAAGCUAAACAAGCAGCAAGAAGUUCUGGAUGUCUGCGUGGACACUACCAAGGAGAUCCCGGCUGGGCGAGUUCUUCGCAAGGCGACGCUGGUAUGGAAGCUGCUGGUGCUGCUCCUCGUCGCCGGCUGCGGCGUUUACAUGUGUUUGAUCGGCGUGGAUCGAAGAACCACGUACGAUCGGCUCAGCCUCGAUCCAAUCCAGCAGGUCUGGCGGCGAGAGAAUCUCUGCCCGAGGUUGUCGCGAGCCAAGUUCCCGCAACACUACCCCCAGCCAAGAACUUACUCGAGGAAGGAAUGCAGGUGCGUGCCAGUCCAUUUCUUCGUCCUCCUCUCGAUGCAGCGAUCCGGCAGUGGAUGGUUUGAGACGCUCCUCAACAGCCAUCCAAACGUGAGCUCUCACGGCGAGAUCUUCUCCAUCGGCCGGCGCCGCGCAAACUUUAGCACGAUCAAGCAGACACUCGACGAGGUCUACAAUCUGGAAUGGUAUUCCAGCGCUGCCAAGAACGAGUGCACGGCCGCGGUGGGAUUCAAGUGGAUGCUCAACCAAGGAGCUCUAGCACACGGUGACCAAGUCGCCGAUUACUUCCGCUCGCGCGGCGUCUCCGUGGUUUUCCUCCAGAGAAGAAACUAUCUCAAGCGAUUGAUCUCGGUCAUGGGAAACGCUUACGAUCGAGCAAAGCCGCUCAAUGGAACGCACGUCGCUCACGUCCACUCGCGAGAAGAGGCCGAGCUCUUGGCUUCGUUCAAGCCCACCAUCGACGUCGCAAACUUGCUCCAAAACCUCCGCCGCGUCCAAAACAUGUCCGACGAGACGCUCCGGAUCUUCGGCACGACACGCUUGACAGCGCUCUACUACGAAGAUCUCGUAAAAAAUCCUCGAAAGAGGGUGGACGUAGUUCUUCGAUUCCUGGGAGUGCCACGCCAAGAUCUCCGCAGCAAGCACGUAAAGAUCCACACGAGACCCCUCCGCGACUCCAUCACAAACUGGGACGACGUCUACAGGGCUCUCAACGGCACCGAGUUUGAGAGCCUUCUUCACGAUCGCGACUACUUGUGAUAGUGGAGGAAACCAAGACCAUCUUGACGGAGUGUACAUACAAGAGCUAGGCACGAUCGAUUCAAUCUGGAAUUCUUCUCCUCUUUUGUUUUUGUUUGAAGCGUGUGUUUUUGUCAAGAACAAUCGUUGACAAUCGAAAGAAGUUUCCUUGUGUAAAGAAUUUGAGUUAUAGUAACACAAGCCUUUGUA